AAUAUCAAAGGUAUUGUACCACAGUUGUCAUGCGUUGUGAUGGAUGGUGUUGUGGGUUCGAUUCAUAGCAUUGGCACAAAACCGAGAAACAGAAUUGAACCCCAUCAUUCCUGCGUUGGCACAUGCAUGCCCUUCUCUCCUGGUUAUCUCCGCCUUCAAAUGUACUGGGGAAGUAACAUGAGUUCCCAGUGCAGUACCAUACUAUCUACCCUGCAUUCUGACAAUUAG